CUGUGAGCAUGCGCAGUAGAGAGCAGUCAGGGAGUGUCGAUCGGAGCGUCUAAUCGGAUGUGAAGCAUCACGCUUCGGCUUUGUAAGAACCAAGUAGCAUUUUGAAACAAUAAUCCCUGAAAGGAUGUACAGGUUUUUAGUAAGAAACGCAAAAGAAGUGAACGACUGACGUGGAAAAUUGGAUUGUCGGACGAGCAGGUCAUUUGAUGGGUAUCUUUUGUUCAAAGGACAUCCGAAUGGACUGGGAAUUAUGGGAAUUAGUCAUUUCCUAAAGAGACUUUUGUCUGCUUGCCAAAUCCUCUUACAUUAAAUGUUAAAGAGCAGGCUGCUUUGUGUACCUUUAGUCAUUUAAAUAGGUUAACCAUUCAUUUAACCAUUUUUAUUACAGGUGACCAAUAAAUGGAAAAUAUUUUUCAAAUUAAUAUGGAGUCAAAAAAUUAAGUGGUGCACUUCAUUCCGCUGCUACUUUAGAUUACCUCAUUAUGAAUCAUAAUACCUCGAAACCCGUUGGAGAUAGCAGUUCCAUAAGCUGGAGGACGUAACAGUGCUCUCUAAAGCAAAUCUCUUCAAACCUGCAAGCAGAACCACCAGGCAGCAGUCCAAAGAAUUGCCGUGUACAUUCCCCGUGCCAGGUUUCCGUCAGUGGGAUGCUGAGUGCCACGGCGGACUCAGUGGAGGAGAGGGAUGACGAGCAGGAGGAUGAAGGAGAAGAAGAGCUGAGAGAUGGAGGAGUCCCUUUCUACGUCAACCGAAAUGGCCUCCCCAUGGAUGAGGACACCUGGGAGAGGAUGUGGCGCCACGUGGGUCGGAUCCACCCAGACGGCGAUGCUUUGGGGAAGAGCAUCCGUGGUGCGACUGACCUGGCCAAGAUUCCAAUACCAAGUGUGCCUACAUACCAGCCUACCACCGCAAUUCCAUUGCGCCUGGAAGCCAUACAGAAAUAUAUCAGGGAAUUACAAUACAAUCACACCGGGACACAGUUUUUUGAAAUCAAGAAAAGCCGGCCUCUUACCGCGUUGAUGGACAUCGCCAAGGAGAUGACACGUGAAGCCCUGCCAAUCAAAUGCUUGGAAGCAGUUAUCCUGGGAAUUCACCUCACCAACAGCAUGCCGGCUGUGGAGCGUUUCCCCCUCAGCUUUAAGUCUCAGUUCUCAGGGAACUACUUCUACCACAUCGUGCUGGGAGUCCACAGCGGCGGACGCUUCGGUGCGCUGGGCAUGAGUCGGCGCGAGGACCUCAUGUUCAAGCCCCUGGAGUAUCGUACACUGAUGGACUUGGUGCAGGACUUUAAAGAGGCCUACAGGGGCUACUGGCACACCCUACGAAAGGUCAAGAUCGGCCAAUAUGUGUCGCGUGACCCUCACAGCGUGGAGCAGAUCGAGUGGAAGCAUUCCGUCCUGGAUGUGGACGCUCUGAGCAAGGAGGAGCUGAGGAAAGAGCUGGAGAGGCAUACUCGGGAUAUGAGGCUCAAGAUAGGAAAGCCUGCACCUUCUUCUCCUACCAAAGACAGGAGAAAUAGCAUGGGUUCACCACUCAGAGGACAAGGAAGCCCCAUUCGCAGGGUCAGCCGUGUUGACAGACGCCCAUCUGGAGAAAAGAAAACUUUGGAACAGAAAGCAUCUGGAGACAUGAACAUGUAUCAGAUUCGUGUGUGAAACCUCAAAUUCAUCCCAAAAAAAGAGCCGCAUUCACUGUUAAGUUGUCAUAUCUAUUUUUUAAUGACUUCUUGAACAUUGUAGUUGCAUAACUGGUGCUGUUGUGUGUCAACAUUUUGACUAACUAUUCCACCGUACCUUGCAUAAAAGUUAAGAGUAUCAAUCGACAUAAAUGUGCUACUUGAUAUCAUCAGUGUCAUUGUUAUGUAUGUUAGCAUGUGUCAAUUUACAUCUAAUCCAAGACUGCUUAGUGUGGUGAUCAUAAAUGACCCUUGUGCCUUCCCACCCAGCAAAAACUGGUUGGGAAAAUGUUGAAAAUUUCACCCUGUCCAAAAAAAAAAAA